AUGGCCCUUGUCCGUGAACGCCGACAGGUUAACCUCCGUCUCCCCGAACUCUCCGACCGCCGCCCCCGCUUCCCUUUACCACUCCCCCCACUUCCACCGCCACAACCAACAACAACAACAGCAUCUCCACCAUAUCUUGCAACGAUAUUGAGAAGAUACAUUGACCCACUAGUCCGUCGCCAAAUUUACAGAGAAAUUGAGAUUUUCCGCCGUACAGAUUCUCCCUAUAUUGUUCAGUGCCAUGGAAGUUACGAAAAGCCAUCUGGGGACAUAGUAAUUAUGAUGGAAUACAUGGAAUUAGGCACACUUGAUUCACUUCUGCAAAAAUAUGGUACUUUCGAUGAGUCCAAGCUGUCACAUGUGGCACAUCAGGUUCUGAAUGGUCUUAGUUACUUACAUGGACAGAAAAUUAUUCACAGAGACAUCAAGCCUUCAAAUUUGUUGGUUAACAAGGAUAUGGAGGUGAAGAUUGCUGAUUUUGGAGUUAGUAAAAUCAUGUGUCGUACGUUAGAUGCUUGCAAUUCCUAUGUUGGUACUUGUGCUUACAUGAGUCCUGAAAGGUUUGAUCCUGAUACCUAUGGUGGGAACUAUGAUGGUUAUGCUGGUGAUAUUUGGAGCUUGGGGCUUACUCUAUUGGAGCUUUAUUUGGGUCAUUUUCCGUUUCUUCCACCGGGUCAGAGACCCGAUUGGGCUACUCUUAUGUGUGCUAUUUGUUUCGGGGAUCCGCCGAGCUUGCCGGAGGGAGCAUCGGAGGAGUUUCGGGACUUUAUUCAGUGUUGUUUGCAGAAGGAGUCUAGUAAGAGGUGGACAACAUCCCAGCUAUUGUCUCACCCUUUUGUAUGUAAAGAUCCAAGAUCCGAUUUAGUGAACUUAUGA